GCGGGCGCGGAGCGGUGCGGGCCGGGCUGCGCGGGGCGCGGAGCGGAGCGGGGCGGAGCGGAACGCAGAGCUGCGAUGUGCACCAUGUCGUUCAAGAAAGAAACACCACUUGCCAAUGCUGCAUUUUGGGCUGCAAGAAAAGGAAACCUGGCUCUCCUCCAGCUGCUGCUGAACAGUGGGCGAGUAGAUGUGGACUGCAAAGACAGCCUUGGCACAACAGCUCUGAUGGUAGCAUCUUACUAUGGCCACAUAGAUUGUGUACGGGAAUUGGUGUUGCAAGGAGCAGAUAUCAAUCUGCAGAGAGAGUCAGGUGCAACUUCUCUGUUCUUUGCUGCACAGCAAGGCCACAACGAUGUAGUGAAGUAUCUCUUUUCAUUUGGAGCCUCCACUGAAUUUAAGAAUAAAGACGGAGGCACAGCUCUCCUGGCUGCCUGUCAGUACGGGCAUGCAAAAGUAGUGGAAACUCUGCUGAAGCACGGCGCCAACAUUCACGAUCAGCUCUAUGAUGGAGCUUCUGCAAUUUUCCUGGCAGCACAAGGAGGAUAUCUGGAUGUCAUCCGAUUGCUGCUCUCUUCAGGAGCAAAGGUUAACCAGCCACGACAGGACGGGACAGCUCCCUUGUGGAUUGCCUCGCAGAUGGGUCACAGUGAAGUGGUGCGAGUGAUGCUGCUCCGGGGAGCGGAGCGGGACGCCGCACGGGAUGAUGGUACAACUGCUUUACUGAAGGCUGCCAUUAAAGGCUACAACAAUGUGAUAGAAGAGUUGCUGAAAUUCUCUCCCACGCUUGGCCUACUGAAGAAUGGGACCUCUGCUCUCCACGCAGCUGUCCUGAGUGGCAACGUGAGGACAGUGGCACUGCUCCUGGAGGCAGGAGCAGAUCCAUGCCUGAGGAACAAGGCAAAUGAAUUGCCAGCAGAACUAACAAAAAAUGAACGCAUCCUCCGACUCCUCCGUGCAAAGGAAAAGCAAAGGAAAAGCUAAUGCAGCCCUAUGGCAGAUGCAGUUUGACAGAGAUGUGCCCUGACCACGAGUAGCAUGACAGCAAUCCCAGAUUGGAACAGUUUGCAGAACUGAUCAGCCUGCCCAGUAGACGCUCCCUGAACGCCCCAGGCCCUCGCCACAGGGUCGCCAUGGCUGGGGCCUCUGCCCGGCAUCGCUGAACACGGGACCAUGACGAGAGCAGGGGAUGGCCCAGGAGCUGCGUUUGCACUGCAGCCCUGCCUGUCCUCCAGCAUCCCAGCAAUCCCAGCACCGACGUUUGCUCCCCACGCACCCCGGCACAGGCAAGCACCCCUGCUGCUUCAGCCACGCACCCCCACGCUGGGGAUGGCCACAUCAUGGCCACACACCUGUUCAGUGUGCAGAGGGGGCACUCGGCCCUCGCUGCAGAAGGGCACCCGGGCCCUGCAGCUGCUGGGACUCAGUCGGUCAUGGAGCAGCCCUGUGACGCCCCUGCCCUCCCUUUGCUGACAGUGACCAUUUCUCUCUACCUCCAAGUGCCACGUGAGACUAGAGGUGAGAUGCCACCUGAGCCAUCACAACAGCAAAAGUUCUCCUGUCAGCAUAGGGGUGAGGUCACAUUUUUGCUACUAUGUUAAGCUCCAUAAAAAUGAUCAAGAGUAUUACAAAUUAUGCCAAAAGCUACCAACCAAACAAGAAGCAAAGGGAUGUCUUCUCAAUUGCAGCAUCUUGAUCUGCCAAUCUGUCCAGCAACAGAAACACAACGGAGCAGUUGAUUUUGAUGCCUACACAGCUUAUGGGGAUCCUUCCCCAGCCUUGUGUGCAUUUUUGUGGGUAGAGGAGGACUGGUUGCUGAGCAAACCAACCAUGCCCAAAAGGGCAUUUUUUCACAGGUGCAAGUACAUCAGAAACUCUGCUGUCAGGCACAACAAACUGCACAGAUGCUACACAACUGGUAUUUGUAUGUUCUGCACUCAGAUACGUGAGACUAUGGUUUAGUACCCACAGCUACUAUGCAAAGCACUCAUUCCCCAGGUCUGUGGCAGGAGCUAAGAGAGAAGUGCACAGUGUACAGGUGUUUCAACUGUUGGUGAGAGGGUUACACGUCGCCAUACCUGAACAGGCCCACUAAUUACUGCAGACAUGGAAAGUGAAGUCUGAACAGCAGUUCUGGCCUUUGUUGUGGUUAAGACACUUCGACAUGCUACCAGUGCUUGUGUGGGGAAGUCAGUGCAAAUUGCAGGUGGUUUGUGAGAAGCUGUGUUUUAACCAUGUUGCUUUAAGAUACCCCUUUUAAACCCAGUCAUUUCUGCAGUAUAAACUCUGUAUACCAUGUCCUGUUAGUC